AUGGUAACCUUUAAUUGUGAGGUUUGUAACGAAACCGUUCCAAAGAAGAAUACUGAAAAGCAUUACUACCGCUGUCAAGAGGCUUAUUACACGUGUAUUGAUUGUUCUACAACCUUUGACGAUGGUUACAGCUAUAAGAAACACACCCAAUGUAUUAGUGAGGAUGAGAAAUAUCAAAAGGCCUUGUAUCAAGGAAAGAAGCAAAAGGGUCAGAAAGAACAGCAACAGCAACAGCAACAGCAACAGCAACCCAAAUCUAACAAAAAGCAACCGGUAGAGGAAAAACCAAAAGAAACCCCAAAGGAGGAUAAGAAACCGUCCAAAGGCAAAGAAUCUAACUCUGAAAAGAAGCUUAAAUUAAGCAAAGGUGAAUCUUUAUAUAAGAUCAUGAAAAAUAUGAAGGACAAAGAUGCUAAGAAGAAGUUAUUGAAGAGUUUAAUUGCAGAUGAAGAAGGUAGAUUAAUCUUAAAAGAAUAG